UCAGGUGUCAGUUGAAAAUCCUGUUGGGUAACUCACUAGAACCUAGUUACUAUUCACAAAAAACUUUUUAUUUCGCUUACUUCUGGAAGAACAUAGUCGUCUUUAAACAAUGAAGGAGAUAGAAGAUUGGAUCUAAGGAACUCUCAAGUUUUCGGAUAUCACAUGUACAUUAUCAAUAUCGUUUGGGGCAAGCAGGCUGUGCAUUUACAGCCAGAAAUCAGAUUUCAUCUCUAACCCAUAUCCAUCAUAACAAGCCAUGGCUCCUAAUGCUCACAAUAUCAGUGCUACCACCAUAACACCCACUACAGCUUUUAACACCACCACAACCGCUGCCCCUGACUUCAUCACUCAGCUGCUCAACAAGAUCCCAUUGCCAAGAUGGGCUAUUUACGCUAUAGCGGCAGCUAUAGGUCUUGUCUUCUUAAUCUGCUUCUUCUGCAUUUGUAUCAAAUGCUGCUGCAAAGGAAAGAAGAAGAAAAACAAAGACGAGAAGAUCAAACUGGAUGGCAUGAAAGGCUCCACCACAGCAGCUCUGGUGCAGCCAGGCAUGGAGGAUCUGGAUUAUGGUUCGAAUAACAAGCCAAAGGGAAAGCUGCAGUAUUCUUUGGAAUACGAUUUUCCGAAUCAAGAGCUCAUUGCUGGAGUGAAGCAGGCAGCUGAGCUACUGGCCAUGGAUCUGGGUGGGACAUCGGAUCCUUACGUCAAGGUCUACAUGCUUCCAAACAAGUCAAAGACGUGGGAGACCAAAGUGUACAGAAAAACACUCAACCCCGUUUUUAAUGAGAGUUUCAAGUUUCAGACACCCCAGGCUGAGCUAAAUGAAUCGACUAUCGUGAUGCAAGUAUAUGACUUCAACAGAUUCAGCAAGCAUGACAUCAUUGGGGAAUUGAGAAUUCCACUCAACACAGUGGACUGGAAUCACGUAAUUGAAGAGUGGAUGGAGCUAAGUGCAGCAUCUAAAUCUGAGCACGAGGACCUUGGUGAGAUCUGCUUCUCCCUGCGGUACGUUCCCACAGCGAGCAAACUCACCGUUGUUAUUCUGGAAGCCAAGAACCUGAAGAAGAUGGAUGUUGGGGGGUUAUCAGAUCCGUAUAUCAAGAUCCAGCUUAUUUUGGAUAAGAAGAAGUGGAAGAAGAAGACGACAUCAGUGAAAAAGAAAACACUGAAUCCGUACUUCAAUGAAUCAUUCACUUUCGAAGUGUCCUUUAAACAAAUACAGAAAGUGCAGAUGGUCAUAUCUGUGUGGGACCAUGACAAGGUGAGCAAAAAUGAUGCAAUUGGCAAGAUCUUCUUGGGCUGCAGUGCAGCAGGCAACCAGCUUCGCCAUUGGUCUGACAUGCUGUCAAAUCCCAGGAGGCCCAUAGCCCAGUGGCACACGCUGCAGUCUGUGGAAGAAGUAGAUUCAGCCUUGGGAGUGAGCUAUAAAUUCAAAAUACCUUUAAUAAAUAAAACAUUUUAGAGACUGUCAUUUUAAUAGGACCCAACUUCCUUGGAUGUAUCUCAAAAUGCUAUGGACACAAAGCUACUGCAGAGUACACUGGACAUCAGGUCUGCACAGGACAGCAGUAAACCAAGACUGCCACUUCAAAAUGACUGAACAUGAAGCAGAGACUUAGAACUAACACUCCCAAAGGAAGUAAUAGAAGACAUGUUGUUCCUCUUUAAACCAGUCCAAAGUUUGAACUCUCUGUAUUAGGUGAAAAAAUCGAAAUGUUAUGAAACUAGCAAAAUACAUUUUCAAAGCAGUUAAAUUACUAAAUAUUCUGUUAAGCAAGCCUGUGUUACUAGACUCCCUAGACACUUUUUACUGAGGUAUGUAAUAUUCAGAUUUUGGUAAUGUGCAGGUGUACAACUUACCUUUACUGUCAGAGUAGGAACCUGAACAUUAGAUUGCUGGGAUAUUGUAUUAGUCGUUAUUAUACAUUUAGGAUAAAAUGUACUUCAAACACAUUAAAGGCACUUUAGAAAAUAAACCGUAAAUAUCACUCUGUCUUAAAAUAGAUUAUAAUAUAAAACUCUUUGGACCAUAUUUUCAAAGUGUUUGCUCCAGUCUUUAAUUAACUCCAAUUUUUUGAAAGACGACAAUUCAACAGUAACUGAGAAACAAAAAAAUUGAGAGUGUUCGAAAAACCUCCAAUUACAUGCCUUAGACAUUUGAUACUAGUUUUGUAAAGUUGAUAGGUGUUUUUCUACUUUAAAAAAUAGGAGUUAAUUAAAGACUGGAGCAAACGCUCUUUGAAACAUUAUAGAAAAGGUCACCCGAGUCAAAUAAUAAUUUGCACCACAAUAUGACUCCAUCCUCAAAAUACACAAAUUAGAAAACGUCACACAUUACGAGAGAAGGGGAACCUCCGAAGAGGGUACAAAUUUGCAAAAAAUAUAUAACCUUAGAAAUGUUCUAAAAAUGAUGCAUAUUACACUUGUAUUUUUGUAUUUAAUGAAUGAUUUGCAUAUAUUUUUAUCUCAAUCUUGGAUCUGAACUGGGGGGGGGCAUUAAAUCUAAAUGGGGUUUGGGGGGGCGGCGGCCUGAGAGCCCCCCCCAUUAGCGCCAGCCCUGCAUUCUACCUGAACUCUUGAAAAUUAUAAUAUAUAUAUAUAUCUUUUUUUUUUAUUUAUUAAAACUGUAGUCAUUAAUGGCACCUGUAUUUUAGAUCAUAGCCCUUAUUCAUUAUUGUCUCCAGUUUCUAUUUUCCUACUUAUGUUGAAGAUCUUGUAACUCUUAAUAGCAGCCUGGCUCUUUAGCACUAUAUUUGAAAUAUGUGUAGAAUAUAUAAUAACAUG